CUCUCUCUUUAUAUUUACAUUUUCUCUUUUAUAUAUAUACAAUCAAACAAACGACUAUACAAUGCUUCAAAAAGACAAUCCUACUUCUUCUGUAUUACUUCGAGGCAAUAAACGAUUGACAAUGUUGGUAUUAGGCACCUUAUCAGUUUUAGGUUUAUUCCUUUUAACUUUCUCAAGGCAAUGGGGUAUCAAUCAUUGUCGAACUAGUGGUGGAUUACGUACUCUCAAUGAAGCUAUGGCUUUUACUUCUUCUUCCUUUACUUCUUCUUCAGAUGAUACUCGAGCUAGGUUUAUUGACUUGAAUGGUUUACAAGCAACAGGACAAGCCAAAGAUAAUGAAGAACAUGUAUUGAUAUUGACACCUUUGAAAAAUGCAGCAUCCUACUUGCCUCGUUAUUUUGAAUUAGUAGAUAGAAUGUCUUACCCAAAACAUUUAAUCUCAUUGGCAUUUUUGGUUUCGGAUACAACUGAUGAUACAGUAGCUAUACUCAAGGAAAAAGCUGAACAAUUCACUGGAAACAACAAUGAUCCUCAACAAGAACGAUAUCAUAGUAUCUCCAUUUUUGAAAAGAAUUUUGAUUUUGUUUUACCUGAAGAUCGACGUCAUGAAUUUGAAAUGCAACCUCUUCGACGAUCUUUUAUGGCUCGUUCUCGCAAUUACUUGUUAUCUGCAGCUUUGAAGGAUGAACAUGCUUGGGUACUUUGGUUGGAUGUCGAUGUAGUUGAAUACCCACCUACUAUCUUGGAGGAUUUACAAAGUGUUAAUGUAGAUGUGGUGGUGCCUAAUUGUCUUCGUGAAACUGAAGACAAUUCUUUUUGGGGUUAUGAUAAGAACAAUUGGCAAGAAACAAAACACUCUUUGGAAAUGCAAAAAGAUUUAGAUCCUGAUUAUGUCUUGCUUGAAGGUUAUUAUGAAUUCUUGACUGGUCGAUAUUUGAUGGUAGAUAUGCCUACUCAUUUAGGAAAGUUGGACAAAGUACCAUUGGAUGGUGUGGGUGCUACAUUUACUUUGGUUAAAGCUCAAGUUCAUCGUGAAGGUGCUAAUUUCCCUCCUUAUGCUUUCCAACAUCAAGUAGAAACAGAAGGUUUUGCAAAAAUGGCCAAAGCAAUGGGUUUUGGUGACAAAUUUAAAAAUUAUGACAAGAAAAACCAUCGAAAUAAAAAUCAUGAUGAUAGUGGUGGACAUGAGAAUGAGUUUAUCGAAGAAGAAUAUAAAGAGAUGGUAUCAUCAUCUUAG